UGUUUUACUCAUUCCACAAACUGUCAUGUCAUGUUUUGUAUUGCGUUCCUUUGAAACUGUGUCGUGUAAUAAAUAAUUUUGGUAAAGAAAUACGAAUAAACUUAGAAAAUAAGCGACAGUUUUAAGCAAUUUGUGUGUAAUUAAACAUGGCAUCAAAAACAGUUACUGUACUCACCGUUCAUGGGCGCAGGCAAAACGUAAAAGUGGAUCCGAACACAACGAUGUUGGACGUCCUGGAACAAGUGUGUCGAAAGUUCAGUUUUGAACCCUUGGAGUACGACCUAAAGCACCACAACAAAGUAGUAGAUCUGUCUGCGAUGUUCCGCUUCUCCGGUCUCCCGAACAACGUCCUGCUAGAAAUGGUACCGGCAACGAAAGUCCGGACGGAAGCCGAUAUCCUGUUGGUUUUGCAGCUGGAAGACGGAACUCGGCUAGAUGGCACGUUCAAACCUUCGACCACGUUGUUGGCCGUGCUGGAAACAUUGUGCAAAGAAAAAGCUAAGGCCGAAUCCAACCCGGUAAUGAUUUAUAUGCGAAGAGAAGUUCUGUGGGAUUCGUUGGAUAAGACCACGUUGAAAAGCUUAGGACUUACAGGAGGUCGUGCCAUCAUUAGGCUGCUACAAAGAAAACCGGAAGAACUAAAGACACAGGCUAAUGUAUCGGCUCCACUACCACAAAAAGAAAAGUCCGAAGAGGACGAUAUCGCCCCUUCUAGAAAAGCAAGUUCUCCCAAAAAAGAUGUGGAGAAAGAACCAACGCCAACUAGCUCUGCGCCUUAUAAAGAGCAAGAUCCCCACGUUUUGGCCAAGACAUCUAAAGACGAUUUAUGUGUUAGGCCUGGGCCAUCCAAAACUGAAUCAAAAUCCCAGCCGGAAAUGCCCGUUGUAAAAGAUAGUCAACCAAUGCCAGCCUCGGAAAUCCACAUCCUAGGCGAACGGGAUGCGGUCCUAUUCAACUUGGAAACGGCAGAGCAUGGCUCGUGUGAACUCCCGGAUUCGUUCUAUGACGUCACCGUUAAAGACGUUCGCAUUAUGUACACUGACCUCAGAAACAAGGUCAAAGAGCUGGAAGAACAGCCUUUGAUGACGUCCGAACUGCGCAAACUGGAAGACGAAAAGCGUGUGUUGAACAAUUUGGCGCGCUACCGAAAUACGAUCAUCCGGGUCCAGUUCCCCGACCGGUACGUCCUGCAGGGAAUCUUCAAACUACACGAGACCAUUGCCGAUGUGAUAGCUUUCUCACAAGCGCAUCUAGAGGACCAAUUCGCAGCGAUUCAUCUCUAUACUACUCCUCCGAAGACAAUCCUAUCACCCGAACUUACUUUGGUUGAAGCAAAAUGUGUUCCCCAAGCAAUACUGCAUGUCGGCUUCGAGAACGAUUUGAAACCGGACAAACCUCUCAAAUCAAACCUUUACGAGCAAUUGUCCAAUGCUACCGGGGCAACUGAACUGGCCGCCCGGAGCAGGAAAAACAUCCCCGAUGGUUUUGGCACCACGACAUCGUCGUCGGCGACUUCCAUGGAAACCGAUCCACCGAUAGAUGAGGACACUGGCGAAGCCUCCGGCGCCUGGCGAAACACGAAUAGAAUUCCGAAUCAAAAUUUCAGACCCUCGUCAGUACAAUCGGCAACUACCAGUGAUGUUAAACUGCCCAAAUGGUUCAAAAUGGGAAAAUAAUAAAUGAUGUAUGUUAAUUUAUUUGAAUAA